AUGUUGACAUCAUUUGGUUUAUGCCUUUGGCUGUUUAUUUUGGCCUCUCAUAUUUCGCUAUCCAAUUCUCUUGCUACUACAACGUGCACCACUAAUUCUGACUGUGGUUCAAACGGAGUGUGUUCCACCUCGACUUAUACUUGCAAUUGUACUACAGCUGGCUAUGUCACUGUUGAUUCCAGUAAACCAUGUGCUUAUCAACAAAAAAAGAAACUAGUUGCAUUCCUUCUCUCGUUUUUAGUCGGAGUAUUCGGUGCAGAUUGGUUUUAUCUAGCGGCUGGUAAUGGAGGCUAUAUUGCAGCGGGUGUCUUCAAGUUAUUAACAUUCGGUGGUCUCGGUAUCUGGGCUUUAGUAGAUUGGAUUCGUGUAUUGACAGAUAGUUUUCCUGAUGGUCAAGGAGUAUCAUUACAAGAUUGGAGUUAA